UACUUCCCCUUUAGCUCUCUGUUUGACCUCAAAAUCUUCAUCAUCCUCUUGCUAGACCACCCUCUCCCUUCUCCCCUCUUUGAAGUACUGUAGGAUAAGGGGAAAAAAUGCUGGGGAAGAAAAUGGUAUCUUUCAAGAAGCUAACCAAGAAGGUAAAGGCUAUGGGUGGAGUUGAUCAGGAGCCAUCACAUCAUGAAUGCUUGCUCCAGGAAUUUGAGGAAGGUUCCCCUUCUUCCACAACGCCAACAGGCUUCUUCGCUGUGUAUGUAGGUGACGAGCGCCAAAGGUUCGUGGUUCCAACCAGCUUUCUCUCGCACCCCCUUUUCAAGAUGCUGUUGGAGAAGUCAUGCAACGAGUUUGGGUUCGAGCAAAGCACUGGUUUGGUGGUUCCAUGCAGUGUCUCUACUUUUCAAGAGGUUUUAAACGCUGUAGAAUGCAGUAACGGGAAGUUUGACUUCGGGAAACUAGUUGAGGAAUUUGUUUAGAUUGUAGAAGAUAGAUAGCAUAUAUAUAGAACCAGUACGUACUUUUAUACCAAUGCAAGUGCAUGGGCCUUAUAAUGAUCUCUAAUAGGUGCUUACCAUUCAGUGGUUGUAGAUAUUUGACAUGUAUUAUAGAAAUACAAGUCAGUUCUUCAAAAUGGCUGAGGUAAUUUUGAUCAUAUGUGUUAUGAACAUAAUUCCAAUUUCUCGAACGAAAUGGAAGGGUUACACGUUGAUUCCCUCCCCCCUUUUACAGAUAGUAGAUUUCCACGGUUAUACUCAUCCAUAUAAUCCACACGGUAAAAUAAAAGAAUAGACCUUAAAAGAGCUGGGAUUGUUUUGCUGGGUAUAUUAAUACUUGCAGCUGGACUACCUGUCCUCUGCAAUCUA